UAAGACCUGCUCGCCGCCAGUUCCAGGGAGAGGGAGUGACCUCUGGGCUUUGACAGCUCCCCUAAUAACUAGCAGCGCCCCGGCCCCGCCCCCGCCGCGCCAUUGGCCGCCGGGCCGGUAUGCCGCGCUGCCAUUGGCUGGCCGCUUCCCCUGAGCGAACCUUUAGAACUCCGAGACACAAUAUUCUGUUACAUUGUAGCAAAAUGGCGACUGUCAUUCACAACCCCCUGAAAGCGCUCGGGGACCAGUUCUACAAAGAAGCGAUUGAGCACUGUCGCAGCUACAACUCUCGGCUCUGUGCCGAGCGGAGCGUCCGCCUUCCCUUCCUGGACUCGCAGACCGGGGUAGCUCAGAACAACUGCUACAUCUGGAUGGAGAAGAGGCACAGGGGACCAGGCCUGGCCCCAGGUCAGCUGUACACAUACCCAGCACGUUGCUGGCGCAAAAAGAGGCGUUUGCAUCCCCCUGAGGAUUCCAGGCUGAAGCUGUUGGAAAUUAAACCUGAAGUUGAUCUGCCUCUGAAAAAAGAUGGGUUCACCUCAGAAAGUACAACUCUGGAAGCCUUGCUGCGUGGAGAGGGAAUAGAGAAGAAAACAGACACUAAGGAAGAAGACACUAUACAAGAAAUCCAGAGGGUUUUAGAAAAUGAUGAAAAUGCAGAUGAAGUGAAUGAGGAAGAAGACUUGGAAGAAGAUAUUCCAAAACGAAAGAACAGGCCUAGAGGACGGCCAAAGACCCCCACCUGGAAAAAAAUUUUCCAGAAAAAUGCUCGGGGAUCUGGAGGUGGCAGGAGACGGAAUGAUGCUGCCUCCCAGGAUGAUCAUGACAAACCCUAUGUUUGUGACAAUAGUUACAAACAAAAGCAUAACUCAAAAAUCUCCGACAAAGUCUGUGGCAAGCGUUACAAGAACAGGCCUGGGCUGAGCUACCACUAUGCUCACACCCACCUCGCCAGCGAAGAGGGCGAUGAAGCCCGCGAGCAGGAGACGCGCUCUUCCCCUGUCCACCGAAAUGAAAACCACAAACCCCAGAAAGGACCAGACGGGGUCAUCAUUCCCAAUAACUACUGUGACUUCUGCCUCGGAGGCUCCAAUAUGAACAAAAAAAGUGGCCGGCCUGAGGAACUUGUAUCAUGCUCAGACUGUGGGCGCUCUGGACACCCGACCUGCCUGCAGUUCACCACAAACAUGACUGAGGCUGUUAAAACCUAUCAGUGGCAAUGCAUUGAGUGCAAAUCCUGCAGCCUUUGUGGGACCUCAGAGAACGAUGACCAGCUGCUCUUCUGUGAUGACUGUGACCGUGGCUAUCACAUGUAUUGCUUGAAUCCACCCGUCUUUGAGCCCCCAGAAGGGAGCUGGAGUUGUCAUUUGUGCCAGGAGCUGCUCAGAGAGAGAGCAUCAGCUUUUGGCUACCAGGCCUGAGGAGCUCCAGCAAUCAAGAAACACCUUGCUCCUGGUGUUGCCAUACCAGCACACAAUUGCCAUCCAGAACACAAAGACACAACCCAUCCAAACGAACGGACACUCAAAUACAGGAAGAGGUACCUGUGGUAUUCACUGUCACCAGUGCCAGAGCUCCUGGGCUCUGCUAGGACUGUGUACUUUCCCAAUGAUCCGGAUGAAAUCUCUUCACUGCUAUGCAUGGCUGCCGUUGCCAUUAACAGGCUCACAUGCAUUAUGGAAGGGGGGGUUGUUACACCGACACGGAGAAGUCAAUUUUGUGUGGCCUUGUGCUUUCUGUUUAGUCUUUUGUUAAAUGCAAAGGUAGUAAGAUAUUUCCCAACGAAUUAUUGGCAAGUACUUCAGCUGCGAGCAGCACAAGGUGUUUCUCCUCACAGGCUUGACUGGAAAUCUCUUUAGUGCAACCACACUGUAGAUGCAUGGGUGCCUAAGAGGGGUGCUCUGAGAGUUGCAUCUGCUUCAUGAACAGCACAUUGUCACUAAGAGAAGCACUGAUAACUUUUUGGGGUGACACUUUCUCCAUUGAAUCAAAUGCCUUGAUUUGGCAGAUCAUUAGGAAUCUGUUUUAAGUGUACAGAAGAGCAGUACUGGUAUGUACACACUUAGAUGCUUAGAAAUGCCUUUGGUAUUCAGGACAUUCAGGCAUACUGUCCCACUGCAUUGCCAGCAAUACCUUCUAGACACAUAAUUCCUUUUUGUUCAGAAAAUUCUGAGUGAAAAAUCUUAUGUAUGCAACUGACUUUCUGUUUAGUGCAGAAAAUUGAACAAAAGAAAAAUUAUCAUCUUAAGCUGAUCAUAAAAAGUAAAAAUGGUCUGUUUUUUUUGCAAUGUAAGUUGCAAAAAGGAACAAUUUUGGCUUAAGGUCAAAUGAAGCACUUUCAUAAAUUUUUUGAAAUUUCUAAACUAAAAUGUUCUGUAACUGAAAGCUGCAUUUUCUGGGCGUUGCCUAAUGUGGGCUUUCAGCAUUUCCAAAGUGUUACUGUUUUUUGUCAAAGUAAUUAUCAGGAUCUAACUUAAUUUCCAAAUAAUUUUCCCUCAAAUUCUCUACAACUGCAUUUUUGGCCAAUGACAUAAUUUGUCUAAAAACCUUCCCCAGUUCUAAAGAAAAGAAUCAUUUUCUGAACCUAACAUGAAAAGAAGAAUUUUCGUCAUGAUUAAAAAAUUUAAAUAGGAAUAGUUCUACUUUAUUUAAACAAGCUUUACAUGUGAAAUAAAGAACUAUUAAGUGAGAACAUCCAUUGAAAAAAAAUUAUUGCAGUUGAAUCUCUUAGAAUAAUAUAGGACAUUACUAGGAUAAUAAGUACAUCAAAUAUUUUCUACAAAAUACAUCUUUAAGGUUAAAAACCCACCACUCCCUGAACUGCCAAGUAGCCCAGAAUAACCAUAUUUUUGGGCGUGAUGUAUAUCACUUUCUAUGCAUAGGUUUAAGUGGGUUCAUAAUAUAAAUUUAUGAGAGUCCCAUGCAGCAACUCAUGUUGCAGUACAAGUAGGUAAAAAUACUGAAGAUUAUGGUUGGCAUGUUUAUACUGGUUGAAACUCUUCUGCAAAAUUAAACAUCCCCAAACACUUGAAAGACAUUGUGAAAUAAUAUUGGUGAGCUAUUUUUUUCUUCUCCUGCUAAUUACACUUAGUUAGGAUGAGCUAUACUGGCCUAGUACACUUUUUCUCAUUAUUUAGAUAGUUUCUUCCCCUUUUAGUUUAGCUUACACAUCAAAAGUAGCUGUGUCAGCUACUGGAUUCUCCCACCUACUGUUGCAGCCUCUUCUCAGGCUGCAGCAGGAGUAUUUUAACCUGUUAGGAAAAAAAUGUGGAAAGUAUUCAUCCUGGUUGUAUUGGACCAAGUCUCUCCUGAAGCUGUUGCACUGGCUACCAGUAAAAUUCAUUCAAUAUCUUGUGCUUUCCCUGUGACAGCCCUUCAAUGAGCUGAGAGCACAAAGAAAUUUGAGCAUCAAGUCUGGAGAGAGCAAAAUGGAAGCCUGUGCACUUGCAUCAGGUGUCUAAUCCCUGUUGGGACAAGGCCCUUGAGCAAAUAUAACGUAAAGCAUCUUCCUCACAGUCGGGAACUGCCCUGGCCCUGGGGAGCACUUGGAGGACACAGCUGAUCUGCAUGAGCAUUUACACCCAUCUGUUGGUGGGGUUGAACCCUGCUGAUCCGGCAUUUUGGGACCAUCACACGGUUCAGUCUGAUACAAAAUCUUGUUGCUGUUGCCAGGACUGCAAAUGUGCAUUCACCAGAGACACCACUGGGCUCUCUCACAGAAAAUUGAUGUUUUGGGAAGAAUGACUGGAAAUGAGAAGUGUGUGUGCUGGAGGAAAUUUUAUUGUGGUGCUGAUGGUGGGAUCAGCAGAUGUGGGUUAGUGUUUGGGCCAGUCCUCAGCUACCAGUUCUGCUGGACCUACAGACUGCCAUCAUAAAAAUGGCCAUCGCCUUCCUGUGUCCUGAUGUUUACACUGACCUUGGAGGAGCAGGACAAUGUCUGCAUUCCUGAGCACAGAGGACAUGUGUUGUUUUGCCCUGUGUGUUAAGCAGACACUGAUGGCUCAUCAUGUAAGUCUCAGGUAGCCUGCUUGGUGGAACCAGCUGGUGCAGAAUUUUGGUGGUCUCCAUCCCUAUGACAGAGACAUUGCUAAAGGAGCUGUGCUCUCUGUGCACACCUGCUUCCCUGUUUCGUAGGUUUGAUCCAGAGCGGUUUUUUCCUUCCACAGCCAUUCUGCAGCCAACAAUAUCUUUCAUGUUCAGAAACACUCCUCCGUGGCCCUGCUGAAGUUUCAUCACUAAUGAGGUAUGACAGAAGGACAGAUUGCUAGGUCUUCAAUGCCAAAGCACUGUUUGCCAUCUGAGAUCAGUGUGACAGGGUGCUUACCCACAGUGGACCAGCUGUAUUUUGUGUCUCCAGCUUUAUGCUGUGUGCUGUGUAGCCAGGCAGAUCCAGGUAACUUUGGCAGCAGAUUAGAUACAAUAAGUUCUCCCAUAAGGAGAACUUCCCCCAGCUACAGCCUCCCUUCUUCACUGCUGAGUCCAAGAUAAGGGGCUGGAACAGACUUCUCAGUGACAUUUUUAGAGCAUUUGGAGCCAUGUGUGUUGGUGCACUUUAGAAAUACUGACUGACCUCCCAGGUGAAAAAUGCACCAGCUUUGCUGAGAUGUGGAGAGGCUGUGGCAGUACCUUGGGGGUGAGGAAGAGGAGUUUAGAAACCCUGAUAACUGAUUCCCUGUCACCUGCUGCCCCACUGGGGAUAGUCCUCCUGUAUGACUGCUGGGAUGUGUGAUUUGGGCAACCCCAUCUGCUGUCAGGCAAACCUUGCCAGUGAUCUGGUCUGGGCACUGAACAGUGUGCGGGCUCUGGCUCAGAGUGCUGCUCUCUCUCUUGCUAGGCAGGACAUGCAAGUUUGUUGGCAGUCCCUGAAGUGAACCAAUUCUGUUUUUUCAAAACUCUUCUGUGUAGGCAAGGCAAUUAAUAUUUUAGCACAAAUCAGGGCAAACUACCAGGACAUAGUAGAUCCUGCAUGCCUCGAAGACUUCAAAUCAAGAACGGACUGAUUCCUUGAUGUAUUUUAAUUAAACACAAUCUUAUUUAAUCAUGGGAAUAUCUGACUGAAAGGUUUGUGUUAUAAAGGAAGCCAGGCUGGAUGAUGUAAUUGUUCUUCCUGGCCUUAUUAUGAAAACAGAUGUUUACUGUGGGAGAGGAUGUAUUUAAAUACAAGCGUGUCUGCAUAAUGGCCUUAAAGUAUGUUGGUUAAACAUAUGCACGUGAUCCUUCUGCUUUUAACUCCUUUCGGAUAACCUAAAAAAGGUCAGUUAGAGAAAAUCACCUUCACUGAAGCACUAAAUUGCACAUUACCUCCUUCAUGCCCACAAUGGCAUCUACUUUGGUGUUGGCUCCUCGGGCUGUUCCAGAGAUUGAACAACUCCAAAUGUAUUGUGCGAAACCAUGGCUUGCUUCUGGCUCUCCCUCCAUCACAUUUGUGUGCUGUGCUGCCCAGUUUUGUGUCCAUGGUGAGAAGACUGGAUGGGGAGGGCAGCACCUGCUGGGGAGGACUCAGAAACCAGAGGGGUGGAGAAAUGACCACUGAACGGGGGUGUCCAAGUUCACUGAGAAGUGAACUUGUUGCCAUCACAGAGCCUCUCCCAUAGCUUGGAAAAGGCAAUACCUUUAAGAAACAUGAGAUGGCUUCUAAUCUGCCCCCAAACUGUGCUUCCAACUGUGUCGUUUGCAUCCAGUUUACAGUGCACAGAGUUUACUUUCAGUAAAAGUACCCCAGACCAGUUCUUGAGCUAGGAAAGCCAGCAUUAAAUGUGUUCUUUUGAAGCAAAUGUUACUCUAAAUAACUUUGAAAUCAUGAUUUUUCCUCUCUCUUUAAAAGGAGCUUAGUCAAUUCUGCCCCAAAGGAAGAUUCUCCUGCACCAUGCAGUAUUAUGGGGCCGUAACAUUUUCUUUAGACCUACAGCAUGUGUUUUGACAGGGGUCUUUUGAGAGGUGAGGAGGGGAUGAGGGCAGAAGGGAAUAUUAAUUAAGCUUGUCACUGCUAGAGGGAUAGUGUGCAUUGUGGGCAAGAAAAUUCCAGGUAGAGCUGGGCAUGAUUUUUCUGUGUGGAAUAAAUUUAUUUUUAAAAUAUGUGCUUUCAAGAGAACCAUAAUUAUUCAUAUAUUGAAGUCCAAUCUGGCAAAUUAUUUCAUACAAAAACCAAGGAGGAACAAUCAAAAGAGUUGAAAAUUAUUGUUUCAAUCUUUUUGGAAAGAACCACUUCAAUAUUUGAAUUUUAAAGUUAGUGUAAUUUAUUUUGGGAAAAAUCUGGCACCAGUCUGUGAGGGAAGAAAACAUAAAUAUUAUGGAAGAUGUGAUUAAAAGAUAGAUUAUCUUUUCAAUGUUAUUAUCGGAGUCUGUGGGAUGAUCACGAGGAAGUCACCUGACAUAAUUUUGGGAAAAUAAGUUCUGUGGAGAGGAGCAGGCAGACAGGAAAGGAAAGCUCCCUUCUCUAACCAGUUCUGGGUUCAUGAUGAUCUUAGCAAUUCCCACUUUUACAUGACAGGAGGAAUGGAGUGUGCAGCUGAGCAGGGUGACCACGGCUGCCAGGCAGGAGCAGGGGGUGCUGCCCCAGUCCCCCCAGGUAAGGGGUGUCUGCAGGAGGAGCCCCCAGGCAGACUGGCAGGGAUCCUCACAGAGUGAGGCCAAACCUAGAGCUCAGCUCCCAGCCGCUGAGCCGGAGGGGGGACAGCCUGUCCCACAGUGCUGUGGGUUGUGCCCGUCUGCCCAUCACAGGGGCAUUCAGAACUGCUCAGAGCCACUCUGGGAGUGGGACAUUCCCCACACCUUGCCUAUGUGGACAUGUAAAGCACGGGGCUCAUUUCCACUUACAACAAGGACUGUGGCACUGCUGUGGGCAGGUACUGAAAUCUGUGCCUCGCUUCUGGAGAAAAGGCAGGAUGGCAAUUCUUAGCUGCUUUCGCAAAGCACUUGGAGCCUACAAACAGUGUGCAAGCCUUAAGUGCUGCUGCUUACCACAGUGCUGCAGACCCAGGCUGUGGCAGAGGAAGAAGAGCCAGCUCUUCUGGGCUGUUCCUUACACCAUUUAUUUCUGCCAGCCAUGGGCCCAUAAUGCUGCCUGGGAGGUUGGAACAGGUGACAAGGCAGGAGUUGAAUACAAAAGAUCCAAGACCCUGCAGAAGGAACAAAAAAGUUUAGUUGCCGUGUCUGUGCUUCUCCUCUGGUAAACAAGAGCAGGAGUUGUGACUGGCAGGCAGCCAAAUCCAUCUUCGGUGGUGAUAUAAUUACUAGCAAUGACCUCCAGCCCCAGCAGUAGUUAAAUGGCUUUUCAGGGCAGGCACCAAAGCUGGUCUGGUUUACAUAAGAUAAACUUAGGUUUGCUGGAGGGGCAGGGAGAGGAGGAGGGUGUCUGUGGUUUGAAGGGAACUGAUUUACAAGUGCAGCUGCCCAGCCCACUCCCCAUCACGUCUCCCUGGCUGUGCAGGCUCAGGCAAUGUCUCCAUUCCACCAGUGCUGGUGCCAUCGUCCAGGGCCAAAGCAUCACGUCCCCGCUCCUGGGGAGCAGCUCUGCAGAGAGUACUGGCUCUGUCCCAGCUCUGUCUCUGGUGGUGCUGGCUGGGCCACAAGGUCUCACUGCACUGCAGACAAGGGCGAGAGUGACUGACACUCCAGGCAGUGUCCUCAGCCCUUGGGGUCAGUGGCUGUCUUGAAGGAGGCUGGCUGCAUGUUGUGCAAGCACAAUUUUGCUGUCCUGAUGGCCAAGCCUUAGCACAGGGGAGAGGACAGGAGCAUCGCUCUCCUGUCUCUCCAGCUGCCCCACUGCAGUGUUUGUGCUGUUCUCCCACCACUGUGCAUUGAGGCAUUUAACUGAGGGAAAAGGGGAAGGUAAAGAACAGCGAGUACCUCUAGGGUACAGAAGGGGAUUUAGGCUUUACUCUUUUAUUGUAUGCCAGUGAGAAUGCCAGGCGUUUAGCAGCUGGGGAAUUGAGCCAACAGUUUAUUAAUAUUUGUUGCGUAUUUCUGCCAUGUUGGGUGAAAAUGUAAGGUGUUAUUACAUUAGUGCAUUUAGAAUAUUGUUACGGCUUUGUUUUGAAAUGAGAAGACUACUAUUUUCAGAUCAGCUUACUGCCCUUUGUGUGCAUGAAGUUAAAAUAAAACACUUCAUACCUGAAAAUUGCUGAUUUUUCAAGUAUUGAUAUUUUCUUUCAGUCUCUUGUCAGUCUAGUCAUCCAUCUGAUUCAGUUCAUUGUAACAAACGAUAGUUUUCACCUCCACCAUGACUCAGGAAAUAUUUCAUCUCGUCCCACUUUGAGAAGCUAGGCAGAGAGAAGGGCAGGUUUUAUUCUUUGUAUUCAGAAAGACUGAUAAAGGAUGACACAUUAAUUUCAUGUUCAUCUCCUUCCCAUGUCUUGAAUGAUUGAAUUGGCUGGCUGGGAGAGUGUUCCUUUCUGCAGUGAUCUGAAAGGUCUUUGCUGCCAUGCCUCACCUCUGUAUGAAAAACCACAGUCCAGAAUUUUGUCCAGUUGGAUAGGACUCCUCCUGCUAUUGCCAUAUAAGACUUUGAAACUGCUAAUUCUCAUCAGGGACCCUUGUGCCUACAAGAUAAGGACUUCUCUUUCAUUUCUCAAGAUCUUCUGCCUGGAAGGCCAAACCCCCUGCUGCCCAUGAAUUCUGAUGGAGCACAGGUCUGUUCCAGCCUCAUAUGUGCUUCUGCUGGACACAGGACCUCAUUUGGAUGUUCACAAUGUACUCCCACUGUAUAAUUUGUGAGCAGCAGUGAAAAAGGAAGUAUCUGCUGAAAACCAAAGGACAAGACAUGAAUAUUAUGCCUAACCUACUCCUCCUUUAUAGCUCUCCUGGAGUGCAACACUAGAGGUGUGCCCCUGCAUCCUUUUGGGAAGGCUGUGCAUGAGGAAUUUCCAAGUGUAAUCUCCUUUGAGCUUUAUUACAGAAUAUCUUUCCUUGUUCAUUCUCAUUUUUUCUUUUCUUACGGUAUUCCAGAGACAGUGUAUACUAAAACUAUCUGAAAGGUUUAGAACAAUACAGAAAUAGACAGGUCCAAAUCAAACCGUCAGCUUUUAUCUCUCCCUUAGAAGUGUUCAAUAAACCUUUGGUCAUUACAGAGAAUCAAGCUUGUGUGCUUAUUUAAUCUCAACUCAGCAUUAAGGCCACAGAGUAGUUCAUAAAGACUUUUUAGUAAUAAAAUCUUAUAUUAAAAAAGCGAGAGACAUUUCCUCUUUACUUUGAUGGCUUUCCCUUUCUUCUGCUGCAGCAGAGAUCAACAGUUUUCCUGUUUACUUCGACUUCCUUCCAGCACUGCAGCCUGGGUCAGAAGUGAUAAAUAUAGGCCUGGAGAUUAUUUAUUUCAUUGAUUGCAGAUAUAAAGAGAAGCUCAAGAGUAUUUAAGUAAAUUGUCAUCUGUGUGACUCAGUCUGAUCUUCUAAGAACCCAAAGCUUGUGUACAUGCUAAUUUAUUGUUUCGCGUUUUCUUCAUCUGCCAUUUCAGUUUGAAUGUGCCAUUGGUAUAUGCCUUUUUUUCACUAGAAGCAGUUGAAAAGAGAAACAUCACAAUUAAAAUUGGGAGUGAGGAAGAUAGAGUUACAAUCUUUACUGUUCAUCCUUUAUUUGAUUUGGGACAAAAUUGUCCCCAUUAUUCUAAAGGAAAAUAGAAGGAGGAUAAAUCUGUGACAUCAUAGCACUUCUCCCAAAUAAAAGCUGUUUUGUCAUCAUCUUGUAAGUUCACUUUUAAAAUGCUGAAGUAAUUCUCUGUGAAAAGUGACACUGGCACAGCCUUAUUGUGUGAUGCCAUGAUAUUGAUUUUUAAUUAGGAGACUUUAAGUUAUAUAUACAAAUAUAUAUAUAUGUGUGUGUGUAUCAUCCUAAUGUUAUUUACUAUAAACAUUGCUCACUGAUCAGGAAUAGAUCUAGAGUCUUAUAGUAAGUACUACUGAAGAAGGAGGAAAGAGAAAAUCCUACUUGUUUUGGAAAGCAUUCUAACAAAAUAGGGCAAAACAUUAUCCCUUACAACUUAAUCUGAAUUGUAUUUGGAGCAUGACUUAUCAACACAUGAAAGAGAACCAAUGCUCCAAAAAGUGUGACUGAUUCUCAACUGCUCUUAGUCAACAUUCAUCCACUGACAUUGUGGUUGGCCUGGUAUCCUUAAAGAUGCCAAGUCUAAGUCUUGGACUUCAGUAUUUAUGGAAAGGUGUGUGGCUGUUUGAUAGCUGAGCACACCCAACACAUGCAAGAAAAGAGUUAUUUCUAUCUCUGUCUAUAAGUGUGGUCUGUUUAUGCCCUGUUCUGGCUCAGCCUGGCUCCAGUGAUGCCAUGUCACAAGCUCCAAAGGAAAGUAAGAAAUCUCAGCAAAAGAUAAUGAUGGAACAGUCAGCAGCCAGGGCAAAUGUCUCUCUGACUUCAAGGAGUUUCAGCUUGUUUCAUCAGUUUUCAGUAUUCACUGCCUUCUGAUUUUCUGUAAACAACUCCUCACUGCUAUAUCAGAAAACAGUGGACAGCAGCACAUUAUUUUCCUCACCUGUAUGAGACCUCACUCCAGUCAGCUCCAUCCUCCCCUCUCUUACUUAUUUCUAAUCUAUUCUAGUAUUUUUGAUCUCUCUGUCUCUUCAUGUGGAAAUCUUUUCCAGCCCCUCUCAUUCUUAGCAUCUCUCCCUGGAGUCAGUCCUCUUCAUCAUUUGCUCUGAGACAGCCACCCAGGAUACACCACAGGUGUUUAAAGCUUUAUUUCCAAGCUUUACGUCUCUUCCAACAGUAUGUCCUGACACUAUGUGUUUGCCUUUUAGCCAUCCCAUGAGAAGGCCCCUGGUCACCUCUGGGAUAUUUUUCCUUUGUGAUUACAGCUCAUCCCAAAGGAACCUGUGUUACAGCCAAGCGAAGCCGCGCAGCCUUGCUGCUGGCACACACCCCCUCCUUUCCCCAGCGCUCCAGCUGGGGAUGUGGUCAGGCUGCCGGUGCAUGAGAUCACAUCCAGCAGGGCUACUCCCUGGAAGCCAAAGUGUUGCUUAGUAACCCACUCAUGGAAGUACCAGAAGCAUUUUUCAAUCUGUCACAUUGGCAAAGAACACUGGCUUCUUGAUUUAGAGGCAUUCUGCUGUGCGUGGCAGGGCCAUGCUCCAUUAUCUUGCAUCCAACACUAUCUGCAAGCAAGGAAAUGAACCUCCCAUUUAAUGGAGGGGCUGGGAGAAGGUGGGGGUGUGAGGCACAGAAAAUAUUUUUCUAGGAUUGUACAUGAAGCUUUUAGCUGUUCUCCUGGCAUUUAGUCCUCAUCUUAACUCCCUUCCCAUGGGAGAUAUUUCCUGCUUAUGAAAUGCACUCCAGGGUCCUAUAGCAAUUGGCCAAACAGGACCCUGCAGCACCUUCAUCUAUUAUGAGACAUUACUGCAAUAAAACUUGGUGUGUCAUACAGAAACUGGAUGAGGUAUUGCAAUAUUUAUGCUGUAAGCCUCAGUGUCAUGGACAAUUGCUACAGAAUAAUGUAUGUCUUUUCUUAAUGCAGUGGAGUCACAGCAGCUUCAGCAGAGCACACUGAACACAGAUCAUCUGUGAUAGUAUGGUUUCCUCAGUUAUUUCCAAAUUAUUCUGUUACAGAGACUUAAAUAAAAAAUAUCCUGUCACUUAAAAAUAGACCAUAAAGGCUCUUAGGUUACUCCUCCUUUUAAGAAUAAUUCAGUCUGAGAGCAAAACAUCCAAGAACUGGGUUCUGACUUCAGACGCUGACUCCUUUAUCUGGCACUGGUUUAUCAUUAAAAAUGGCUUUAAAAAGUAACUUGAGGGCUUUUAUUUGAGGUAACUUAUUGAUUUUGCUAUCACAUCUCCUCAUUUUCAAAAUGAAAAGGUACUUUAAACAAUGUCUAGCUUUGAGUUCUGGGGACCAGCUGGACUCUUCCCGUCCUACUUCUUGUUAUCAAAGACAGUAGAACCAUAGAGUGAGUCUAGCCACGGCAUCACCUAUUUCGGUGGUUUGCCCCUGUUGACAGAUUGUGUCCUGGAAGCCCUCUACAAAAAAUUGAAGGGCUUUAAAUGGGUUGUGGAAGGUCCAGGGUGGUCUGAAGACGAGGUUGUUAGAUGUACCCAAGGGCUCUUUUGAUCUUUGGAGUGUCAUUUACCUGGGAUGAUGUUCAAUGUUGCAGUGAUGAAAUCAGCAAGUUUCAUCACAUUUUUUUGUGUAAAGCCUUGUCAGUGCAAGGCCAGUGACAUGCACAAUAGUCAUCUGCUAAAGCUUGGCUCAGCAUAAAGAUAAAAAAACAUCCCACAAUAUCAGAAGCUCCUUGACUUCUUGAUUUUGGAGAACUUUUUGAGGAGCUGAGUACCUUCCUGUACUCUUUCUCAGUCUAAUAAAUAAAUUUGGCUAUGAGAUAAAGAGUCCUUCAAAUUUAUUGUAUGUAGUUGUAGUUUUUGCAUAGUUUAAGAAAUACAGAAAGUGGUCAAAAAAUGCUCCUGAUGACUGGCCAGCAUAAGAGCAUUUAAUGACCUGCUGUGGCUCCCAGAGCAGAAGUUUCUAUAUCACAGAAAUAUUCGGAAUGAAUUGGUUUCUCCAGGGGGCAGGGCACAUUCUUGGGAGAGAAGCAAAGACUGUGAAGGCCUGAUCUAGAUUUUAACUCUUAGAACUGGCUGUGACAGCUCAGAACUGAUGGAAAGCUUGCCAUUGUGAUGCUUUGCUCUGUGGAAAAGGGAUUCAGAGAAGCACUAAGUGUACAAUGCAUUUUUGUUUAAAAAGAAUCAGGGUAUCUGUUUCCAGUCCUCUAAUACAUUAACCUUGAAGUUUGUUUGUAAUGAAAUAGUCUAGCCUUACCAGUUAGACACUGAGGCAAAAGACUUGUUGUUAUAAAGACAGUGGGCUAGGGAAGAGCAGGUGUACUGGGUAACCUCUAGGUAAUACUGAGAAAGAACAUCCACUCCCUGCAUUCACAGGGGAGGACGCUUCUUUCUUUGCACUUACUGCACAUUCUGCAUCUUAAAAUUAUUUGGGGUGAGAACCAUUUUAGAGCAACCAAGUUAGCUGCAAAGCAGAAGAGGUUCCACUAGCGUUAAUUCUUGUUGUUUAGGUUUUGGGAUUUCUAUCUGCUCAUAUACCCACAGCCUUCUUUUCAACAUUUAAAGAUGCUCUAGAUUAGUUUGUUUCACCUAACUGGGAUCUGCCUGCCCCUAUGGAAAAAACAAAUUGUGGGUUGGAAGCCGCCCCACUUCCUGGCUGUACAUACCCCUAUCUAUACAACAUAUAUGUGUAUGUUGAGUGAUUGCAUUGUAGUGGCUUUUGUAAUGCAAUAACUGUGGUGUCAAGAAAAUGUGGUUGGAGAAAACUCUACUUACAAAUUAAAUGAAUAGAAAAUCAAAGUCACUGAAAAGGCAAGACAGCUGAAGAAUUCUUACUGUGAGCCACCACCGUGUUUUCCACAAUAUGCCAACUUCUGUAUCCUUUAAAUAGCCUUUUAUCCUCUUUGCAGCAGAAGUGAACUUUAAUUUUGUGUCUGUACUCUGAACUGGAGAUAUUGGUGCUCAGUCUUUUCAUAAUGUGCUGAUGAAUUGAAAUGCUCACCUUGUCAUGGGUUUGCCAGAUUCCGUAGCUUCCCACCAAAACAAUCCAAUGCCAGUUGGUGAACAGACUGGAGGAGUUUUGGGUGCUGCUGACUGAAGCAUGCCAUUGAAAUGUUGGUCUUCAGGGCCAUGAGGUUUUGCAUUGAUGCUUGUAAGAAAAACCCAGCAGUCUCAGAAGAACCCAAAUGUCCUAUUUGUCACAUGGCAGAUACAGAGACAAGUCAAAACAGCUGAGAUAAGGGAAAAACAUAAGGUCUCCUGCCUGAAGAAAACCCCACAUACCAUCUCAUAUCAGAGGAAAAACCCUUCUGUGGCCAAUCCUGGGUGACAAGUAGGUGGGCUCAAAGGCUGGAAAGACCCAUCUCUGUAGUGUGUUUGUCACUGUCUUUGGUUAUGUACAUGUACCACAACAGGAGAAAAUGCCUGUCUUUCUUUCAAAUUCCUUUUCAGCUAUGUACACUGCCUCCAGGUUGCCUGUUGCUACACCCCUUGAGGCCUCAUUGGAGUUUACACUAUCUUGCUUGGUAUUUGUUUACUUUUGGCAGCCACAGAUUAAGGUUACAGGUUUGGGAACCAGUACAUAAUUGUAAGGACAGCUUCCUGUGUUACUUUCCCCACCCCCUUCCUCUUUUGUAAAGUGUGAACCUUUCUUUGGAACUCUGAAGUGACUGUAUUGUUACAAUGUUUGUAUGUAGAGAUAUGUUUUAACAUGGCUUGUGUGGAGGACCUUUGCUCUUCUUAUCUCACAUUCAGUUUUAUUAAGUGCUUGAUAGCUUUGCCAGCCUUCUGUGGGGGAGGAGAGGUGAUGGAGUGGCUUCAAAACUUGGCUUUUUUUAAGGGAAAUCUGCCGAGCUUUACCUAGAGCAGUAUGAGAAUCUGGGGUGCUCCUGACUGUUCUUCAGUAAUCCUGAUCUGAUUGCUUCUUGGAGAAAGAGAUCAGCCUUGAAAUCCCCAGAAAAAAACAUAUUGUUUGAUGUGCUAGGCCAGCACUGACCAAGAAGGCCCAUCAGUUUGCCGUGCAUGGAAACCUGCACGGUGUUUCACCCCGCCAGAAGGCGCCUGCUGAGCACAGAGUGACUCACGGCAGCUCACACUGCUCUGCCACUGGAGCCACCGCAGCUUGCACCAGCCAAGGAUCGGCCCCUCCGUGUUUUGGUGGUUAGGAAACCUGUGAGUGAAAUCCUACUGAGGUUGGAGAGGAGAGGAGAAUGGGUGUUGGAAGCCUCUCAACUUCACAGGAUUUCUUUGGUAUUCAUACACAUUUGCAAGAAUGUAUUCCAAGCAUCUUGUACUGUUAUUAGUAACUUGUACUGUAGUUUGUUAGCAGUGUUGACUACCUACAUAGCUAAUAUUCUGUUGCAACUUAGAAAACGUGUAAACAACAGCAGAAAACAGGAGUUUAGAACUUGUAUGUACUGGUUUUUUAUAUUAAAGCACUUCAAUUAAAAGU